CAAAAUUGACAGCUCACAUUGGUUGUCAACGGGGAUUUAGCUUGCAUAAGAAAUUUUCUGAAAUUAAUAAAAGUAUAAAACUUUAAUAAUGGUUAGUUGGAGUAGCCUUGUGCGGCCGGCAGUAGCUUUGUCCAAUUGCAGGAAUAUAUUGCAAAAUCCGAUAUGCAAAAAUGCACUUCAAAUACGAUUGCGUCAAAUGAGUGGUGAUCAUGGUCAUCAAAUGCCUAUAACACCAUCCCGUUUCCAAUGGCACAAAUUUAAGGAUUUAUUACAUUUCUACGUUAUGCUUGGAUUAAUACCAAUUGUUGCAAUUACUUUGUAUGCCAAUAUAUUUGUUGGACCCGCUCAAUUGACGGAAAUUCCACCAGACUAUGAACCUAAAUAUUGGGAAUAUCAUAGACACCCAAUUUCACGUUUCAUAGCACGCUAUAUUCAUACCUCACCACAACAAGAAUAUGAGAAGGCUUUGCAUCAUUUAUAUGAGGAAAAUGAGAAAGCGCAAUUGAGACUUCUCGAGCAGCAAAUCAAAGAUAAAAUGGCGGAACUUCAUGACUACCAAUCUUAUUACUAUCGUCCAAUCACUGCAAAAUAUCACAGGAUUUCUAAAGAGGCUGCAGAUGCUUUAACGGCUAUACGUGAGGGCUAAUUGUAUCUUAUUUUUCACACUUAUGCGCUUAUCUUGCAAAUUGUGUAAAAAUUUUAUCAAUAAAUUUGUUAAAUAAAAACAAAAACGUA